UGACGGAUCGGUCUGGCAGCCCACAUGCUGGAUCAUGGCUGCGGACGCGGGUGGCCUGUACCUGGGUUUUGAUUUCAGCACUCAGCAGCUGAAGGUGGUGGUGAUGGACGGCCGUCUCUCUGUGGUUUAUCAGGACAAUGUCCAGUUUGACACCGAGCUGCCGGAGUUCAGAACCCAGGGAGGGGUUCAUAUUCAUGCUGACAAGCUGACAGUAACAUCUCCUGUAUUGAUGUGGGUGAAGGCUCUGGACUUGCUAUUGGACAAGAUGAAGGGGGCAGGGUUUGAUUUCUCCCGCGUCAGCGCACUUUCAGGAAGUGGACAGCAACAUGGCAGUGUGUAUUGGAUGAAAGGAGCCAAUGAGACGCUCAGACAGCUGGACCCAAAGAAGAGCCUGGCCCAGCUGCUACAGGGUAGUUUUGCGGUUGCAGACAGUCCAGUGUGGAUGGACUCCAGCAGCAGUCAGCAGUGUCAGGACUUACAGUCAACAGUAGGGGGAGCCCAAAGACUGGCAGAUAUUACCGGCUCCAGAGCAUAUGAGCGUUUCACUGGGAACCAGAUAGCGAAGAUCCACCAGACCAGACCAGACCAAUACCAGGACACGGAGAGAAUAUCACUGGUCAGUAGCUUCGCUGCCUCUCUCUUUCUUGGGGACUACGCCAGUAUUGACUACAGUGACGGUUCAGGUAUGAAUCUGUUGGACAUUGGAACCAGAGACUGGUCUAAAAUCUGCCUGGAGGCAACUGCUCCCGAUCUAGACCGACGACUGGGACCACCAAGACCCUCGGCCUCAGUACUGGGCUCUGUCUCUUCCUACUUCGUCUCUCGUUACAGUUUCUCGGAGGAGUGCCGCGUGGUGGCGUUCACCGGAGACAACCCAGCCUCACUAGCAGGAAUGAGACUACAGGAAGGAGACCUUGCUGUGAGCCUUGGGACGAGUGAUACUGUGUUUUUGUGGCUCAAACAGCCUCGACCUGCGUUAGAGGGACACAUCUUCUGCAACCCUGUGGACUGGCAGUCCUACAUGGCUCUGCUCUGUUUUAAGAAUGGCUCGCUGACCAGAGAGCGAAUCAGGAACGAGUGUGCUGGAGGAUUGUGGGAAGUGUUCUCCGCUGCCCUCGGGGACACGCCUCUUGGGAACCAUGGCAACAUAGGCUUUUAUUACGACUCCAUGGAGAUCAUGCCGUGUGCCGUGGGAGUUCACUGCUUUGAUCAAGAUGACAAUAAGGUGUCGGGGUUCAGUGCUCAGGUGGAGGUGAGGGCUUUGGUAGAAGGACAGUUCCUGGCUAAGAGACUCCAUGCUGAGAAACUGGGCUACACGAUCCUUCCUGGGACCAGAGUGCUGGCAACAGGAGGAGCCUCUUCUAACAAGGCCAUUCUACAGGUUCUCUCUGAUGUCUUCAAUACUCCGGUCUACACCAUAGAUGUUGCUAACUCGGCGUGUCUUGGCGGUGCUUACAGAGCUCUCCAUGGUCUGCAGGCAGAGUCGGGUCUGUCCUUCUGUGACGUGCUGAGGAACGCUCCGGAACCCCAGCUUGCUGCUACACCGAACCCCGCAGCACAGGAGGUUUAUGACCGGAUGUUAAAGCGCUACGCCAGAUUGGAGGAGAGGGUCGCACACGAGUCCCGCCCCUAAGCCACAUCCGCCAAUCAGCCUGACAUUCUCUCUCUUGAUUGGACAAUCGAAAAGGAUUAAAUCUUUUUUUUAAAUCCAUGGAAAAACAGUAUAGGGAUACAUAUCAUUAUUUUAUAAAAAUGAGACCUACUUGUCCUUUUAGAAGCACUGUGAUUUCUUUUUUUCUUUUCUUUAACAAAUAUGUCCUUUCAGAUCCAAAAGUGCCAUGUGUUUUCUAACAGUAGAGUCUGAAAAUGUAAUCUGAUCUUUUGUUGUUGGGUGAUUAAACCUUGGAACUAAGUUUAACAAUCCGACUGAAUAACAAUGACAGAUACAGUAGCGGGUAGCCAGCCUACCAGAAGAGUGACUAUUUUCUUCCUGAUAAAUAAACAGUUUAAAGGAAACCAACGUAGUGUUGCAAAGCAGCGGAUCCUGGUGUUGUUUGUAUCCCGUGUUCAUCCAGCACACACACGAGGACUAGCUGACGUGUUACACGCAUCUAUGGAAAAAACCACCAAGAGUAACUACCGAACCGGAAGUUGAGCCGCAUCGAUAUGCAUCCAUCCAUUAUCCAAGCUGCUUAUCCAGUCAGGUCAAGGGAUGCUGGAGCCUGUCCCAGCAGUCAUUGGGUAGCAGGCAGGGAGACACCCUGGACAGGCCGCCAGGCCAUCACAGGGCCCACACACACAUUCACACCAAGGGACAAUUUAGUACGGCUGAUCCACCUGACCUACAUGUCUUUGGACUGUGGGAGGAAACCCACACAGACACGGGGAGAACAUGCAAACUCCACACAGAGGACGACCCGGGACGACCCCCAAGGUUGGACGACCCCGGGGUUUGAACUCAGGCCCUUCUUGCUGUGAGGCGACCGCACUAACCGCUGUGCCGCCGUGCCGCCCACAGUCAACAUGCAUCCAGGAAAUGAGAAGAAAUAGAAGAACAUCAACGAGAGAAUUUUGUCGACCAUCGAGAGCGAAGCAGCUGCCAGAAAGACAAAGAAGUGAAAACCUGAACACAAUGUGGAGUGAAGAAACCAAAAGGGUGAAGGAGGAGGUAGAGGAAGUCCUGGAUGAUGUUCAGCAACUCUUAGAAAUCCUUCACUGACUUCAGCCUCAGCCAUCUUCAGGACC